AUGCUACACGAACUCAUGUUUAGUCUAUUUUUGCAUCAUUUCUUCCUAUUUUUAUCUUCGUCAGAUCGUGAAGACGAUUUCCUUCGGGCUGCUUUCAGUGACGUCUCUCAACCUGCUGCUGUAUGGAUUCUAACCUCUGAAGAUUCCCUUCAAAUCGCGCCAUGUCUUUCAUUCAGCCAUAUUUGCGAUGCUUCCAGCAACGUCGGAAUUGGUACCGCCCCUGAUACCAGCCUUCACGACCAUUUAACUACUGGAAAACCUAUUAUUUCAGGGCCUGCUACUAGUUUUACUGAUGGUGAACAAAGUGUUUCUUCUAUGGCUGCCAUUGAUACUGGAAACCCCUGUGGCCUGACUCCUUCUUUUUACCUCGCUUUAAUUCAGUUGCGCGCUCGAAUCGAGCAAAGGGCCAGUCAUCUGGCUGAUGUUCUACAAGCUGAGAUUGCAUCAGCAGUCGAACGACAUGGUAGCUUUUGUAGUUUGAUACUAUUUGACUUUGAUACAUAG